AUGACCAUCAAGACAUUCUUCGACGUUACCUGGGAGGGCCCAGUUCUCGAUGCCUCUGGCAAGCCGACCUCUAAGGUGCAAGAUCAACAAGGCCGCAUCAACUUCAACCUCUACGAUGAUGUAGUCCCAAAGACCGCUGAGAACUUCCGUGCUCUUUGCACCGGCGAGAAGGGCUUCGGAUAUGCUGGUUCUGCCUUCCACCGCAUCAUCCCUCAAUUUAUGCUUCAGGGCGGUGACUUCACCCGUGGCAACGGCACUGGUGGCAAGUCUAUCUACGGUGAGAAGUUCGCCGACGAGAACUUCGCCCGCAAGCACACCAAGCCAGGACUUCUGUCCAUGGCCAAUGCCGGUCCAAACACCAACGGCUCUCAAUUCUUCAUCACCACCGUUGUCACCAGCUGGCUCGAUGGCAAGCACGUCGUCUUCGGUGAGGUUGCUGAUGAGCAGUCGCUGAUGGUCGUCAAGGCUCUUGAGGCCACUGGCAGCGGUAGCGGUAAGGUCAAUUACAACAAGAAGCCUACCAUUGUUAAAUCCGGUGUCUUGUAA